AUGUCCGAUAAAGUUAAGACGGCUAAAGAAUUUAUGGUUGAAAUUGAAAAGGUAUUUGUCAAGAGUGAAAAGGCUGAGAUUGGUACACUCUUGACAAGUCUGACUUCAAUAAGGUAUCGAGGCAAAAGUAACAUCAGGGAGUACAUUAUGCAAAUGUCUCAUCUUUUUUCUAAGUUGAAAGCACUUAAGUUGGACCUCUCUGAGGACUUGCUAGUGCAUUUGAUUUUGAUAUCCCUUCCAUCACAGUUUAGCCAGUUUGAAAUGGGCUAUAAUUAUCAGAAAAAGACUUGGUCUCUAAAUGAGCUCAUCUCACACUAUGUUCAGGAAGAGGAUAGACUGAAGCAGAAAAAGAUAGAAAGUGCUCACUUAACCGCUGUGCCUAAGGAUAAAAGGAAGGACAAGAAGAGAAAGAAUAAGGAAGCUGUAGAUACAGCAACACAAAAGGAACAACAUCAGAAACCAACUACAGAUAGUUGUUUCUUUUGUAAAGCUGAAG